AUCAAUGAGAGCCAGGUCGUGACGUGUGAAUUCCGCGACUGACCCACUGCCCCGCUGUCUUCGGUCGAGCCCUGAGCCUCUUCGCCGGGUGGAGGAGGUAAUUGGUUUCUUCUUAUCCCGUUUGGUGCCAAAGCUCCGGGGCUGUCCAUGCACGGCACCAUGGCCGCGUCCUCACACCGGAUCAUGCUGGGCCCGCUGGUUGCUGCCAUCGACCAGGGUACGAGCUCCACGCGGUUUCUGGUGUUUAACUCCAAAACGGCAGAGCUCCUCAGCCAUCACCAGGUGGAAAUCAAACAGAGCUUCCCCAAAGAAGGAUGGGUGGAGGAGGACCCCAAAGAAAUCCUGCAGUCGGUGUACGAGUGCAUGGAGCGGACGUGUGAGAAGCUCACGCAGCUCAACAUAGACAUAUCAAACAUUAAAGCGAUAGGAGUGACCAACCAAAGGGAGACCACGCUCGUUUGGGACAAAGAGACCGGGGAGCCUCUUUACAAUGCAAUCGUUUGGCUGGACCUGCGGACUCAAUCUACGGUGGAACGUCUCAUAAACAAAACUCCAGGAAGGAAUAAAAACCACUUGAAGCAUAAAACCGGCCUCCCGAUCAGCACGUACUUCAGCGCCGUGAAACUCCGCUGGCUGAUGGACAACGUGGACGAGGUCCGAGAAGCUGUUGUGUCUCACCGCGCCAUGUUCGGCACCGUUGACUCCUGGCUCAUAUGGUGUUUAACUGGAGGGAAGUCAGGAGGAGUCCACUGCACAGACGUGACCAACGCCAGCAGAACCAUGCUGUUUAACAUUCACACCUUGGACUGGGACCCGGAGCUCUGCAAGUACUUUGGUAUCCCCAUGGAGAUCUUGCCCAGGGUGAGGAGUUCCUCUGAAAUCUAUGGCCUCAUGAAAUCUGGAGCUCUGUCAGGCAUCCCCAUAUCAGGGUGUCUUGGGGAUCAGUCGGCUGCACUUGUUGGACAAAUGUGCUUUCAGGACGGGCAAGCCAAAAACACGUAUGGAACUGGCUGCUUUCUCCUGCGAAACACUGGAGCAAAGCCUGUAAUGUCCGAUCACGGCCUUCUGACCACCGUGGCGUACAAACUGGGCCGGGACAAACCUGCUUGUUAUGCACUAGAGGGCUCUGUGGCUAUCGCUGGAGCUGUGGUUCGCUGGCUGCAGGACAAUCUGGGGAUCAUUGGAUCUUCUGAAGAGCUUGAGAAGUUGGCUGCGUCAGUCGGUACCUCCUACGGUUGUUACUUCGUUCCUGCAUUUUCAGGUCUUUAUGCACCGUACUGGGAGCCCAGCGCGAGAGGGAUCAUUUGCGGUUUAACUCAGUUUACAAACAAGAGUCAUCUCGCGUUCGCUGCACUGGAAGCUGUUUGCUUCCAGACACGAGAGAUUCUGGACUCCAUGAAUCAGGACAGCGGCAUCCCGCUCACUCAGCUCCAAGUGGACGGAGGAAUGACGUCCAACAGGUUGCUGAUGCAGCUGCAGGCCGAUAUCCUCUGUAUCCCUGUCGUGAAGCCAUCCAUGCCUGAGACCACCGCUCUGGGUGCAGCCAUGGCCGCCGGAGCAGCAGAGGGGGUGAGCGUGUGGAGCCUGUGCCCAGAGGACCUGAGUGAGGUCACCUCUGAGAAGUUUGAGCCUCAGAUAAACCCUGAAGAGAGCGAGUUCCGGUACGCUCGAUGGAAAAAGGCGGUGCAGAAAUCCAUGAACUGGGAGACGACCGAGCCUGCUGGGAAUGGAAACGGUGAAACUAGUAUCUUCAGCAGCGCCCCGCUCGGCUUCUACAUCUUUGGCAGCAUGUUGAUGUUAGUCGGUGCAAAGUAUCUCGCAGGUCACGACUAGCCUCAGACUCCUUACGGCAUUAAAGCUAAAUAGAAAGUGGAAACAACUCCCCUCAUGGACCACCACUACUUGUCUCGGUUGCACUCAAAAUAAAGGCAUUCCAGGAGGAAGAAACGCUCCUGCUGAACCUUCCUGUCGACUGGAGAACGAGUUUCAGCCGAAUAACGAGAAUCUUCUUCAUCAUUUUUAGCUUUUAGUUUGUUUUGAUUAUUUUCUUCUGCAGGAGACAAACACGACGGUACAAUGACUUUUAUUUUAGCAGGGAUUUGCAUGCAGUAUUUUUUUUGUUUUUUUACAACGUCGAAAUGAAAUUCUGAGGUUAUUUAUGUAGAAGCCGCACCAGUGGUUGUUCAGGUUGUUGUUUUCCUUCCACCGCUGUGUUCGAGUAGUUUGCUACGUUGUUAGCAUAUCUUGUUGUUUGUCACUUCACUGUUCAUCUUGCGGUGUAAUUCAAUCCCAGACCCUACACAGUCAGCUACAAAGAACCUUUGAGUGCACUUUAUAUUUUUGUUUUGUCCUGUGGGAGCCAUGUACUAACAGAGUCUGAUAUAUUUUUUCUAACCUUUGGGAUUAAGACACUGAAAGUUUGGAUUAGUGUGGAGUGAGGCGUGAUGAAGGGAAGGACAAGAAGAGGGGGAAUGAACUGAUGAGGUGGUUUUUUUGGGUGAAUCUGACACUCUUGUACAUACGUUUUGUUAAAUAUAUGUUGUGUAAUGGGCAAUGAUGAAUUGGGAGGCAGUCUCUAGAUUAUCCCUGCGUUUACACCGAAUAUAUGGCGACAUAGGAAUAAAGAGGCAAAUACCCUUUUCCAUAUAUCUGUGAAUUUGGCACAUUUAAAAUUCUCCUUCCACAUGAAACAAAAUGUAAACAUUAAAAAGCAAAUGAAAGCAGUAAAUAUGAAUUGUUGUGGAGUCAAAAUGCUGAUUUCAACAGCACUAAAAUGUUUCUCGAGCAACUUUUUGAAGGAUGAUACCUCUGUGAUGUGCAAAACCUACGCUAAAUUAUGCAGAAGCCUGUGUAGAACAAAUCAAACGCAAACAAUGAAAUGACAAGGAAGCUUUUAUUGCACUUGAAUGUUAAAGGUUAAAUAUUUUGUCCUAAUUAAAUUAUUUAAGCUAUUUAUUUCAAUGGGAGCUUCUGAGAAUACUAUGAAUCCUUACAACCAAGGGUCGACCUUGAAACGUCAAAGCAAGUACAUGACUGUGACUAAGUGUCCAUGUGUUGUAUGUGUCAAAAUGUUUUCUAUUGCUGGUUUUGAAGGUUCUCAUUUGGGCUACAAACACUAUUUGCAAAUGAAGAGAGUGAGAGGGGGAUGAACUCAUUGAACAACUCGAAUUUCAUAAAACAAGUACAGUUCAGGAAAAAGACUCAAAUUGACAAAGAAAGAAAGCAUAGUGUACUUAAAGUCUCACCUCAAGAUGUAACCGUUAAGUUGUUAAUUUUGAUAAAGUAUAUCAUGUUGAACAAGAAGAA